CUGGUAUGUUGACAGGAAGUGUGUAAGGCGGAAUCACUACAAUCAGCGGUGCUUGUAGUGUAGCCGGACUAACAGGACUUCACAUUUGUUCACUCAUCGGGUACGUGUGAACCUAAAUUAUGCGUUUUAAGAUCGACUCGGAUCAAAGAUGCAAUGGAGGUCAUUAGUUGUUGGUCUUGUCGUAUUGAGACUCUCAGUCAGCUGUGUACUGUGGCUAGCUUUCGGUCUCGGUCCUAGCGGUAGCUGGGGGUUCAACUUCCCUCUCGGUUUUAGUUUACAAAAAUUAGACUUGUUAUUCAGAGAGGAAAAGGGGAUAGACCCAGGAGGGAGCUCCUGGUCUCAACGAAUACAAGGCCCCAAGUAUGAAGAGCCCGCAAGCACCUGUGCAAAGGUGGGAGAGGGGUCACCCAAGAGAUCCUACAUGAGCUUCUUCGAUGGAAAUAAGGACGAGUAUGUCCGGAGAUACAGCUCCUUCCCUGACACACUGAGGGAGAAAAUGAAGGACAUGGCCAAAGAAAUGUUUUAUUUUGGAUAUGACAAUUACAUGAAAUAUGCCUUCCCUGAGGACGAGCUGAACCCCAUUGACUGUGAAGGGAGGGGACCAGACGUGCUGAACCCAUCAAACAUCAACAUAAACGAUGUCUUGGGGAACUAUUCCCUCACCCUGAUCGACACCUUAGACACCCUACUGGUGCUCGGCAAUGUGACCGAGUUCCAGAAAGCCGUCAAGCUGGUAAUAGAUACUGUAUCUUUCGACAAGGACUCAACUGUGCAAGUUUUCGAGGCAAACAUCAGGAUCCUGGGAAGCCUUAUUUCUUCUCACAUCCUGCUGACAGACCCAAAACAUCCAUUUGGCAACGUGGGCUUUGAAGGUUACGAUAACGAGCUGCUUCAUUUGGCUCAUGACUUGGCUGUCCGCUUACUGCCAGCCUUUGAGAACACCAGCACUGGCAUUCCUUACCCCAGGGUGAACCUUAAAACUGGAGUUCCCCCUGAUAGCAUCAAUGAGACUUGUACUGCUGGAGCUGGGUCCCUGCUGGUGGAGUUUGGGAUUUUGAGCCGUCUGAUUGGUGAUUCCACGUUUGAGUGGGUUGCCAGACGAGCUGUUAGAGCUCUGUGGAACCUGAGGAACAAUGAAACCGGUCUGUUAGGGAAUGUAGUUAAUAUCCAAACAGGCCAGUGGGUGGGCAAGCAGAGUGGUCUGGGAGCCGGUAUGGACUCCUUCUACGAGUAUUUGCUCAAAUCAUAUAUCCUUUUUGGAGAGAAAGAGGACCACAGGAUGUUCCAAGCUGCUUAUGAGAGCAUCCAGAACCACAUGAGGAGAGGAAGAGAGUCUUGUAAUGAAGGAGAGGGGGACCCACCUCUCUAUGUGAAUGUGAACAUGUUCAGUGGUGAAAUCAUGAACACCUGGAUUGACUCCCUUCAGGCCUUCUUUCCUGGAUUGCAGGUGCUGAACGGUGAUGUAGAUAAUGCCAUAUGUCUGCACGCUUUCUACUACGCCAUCUGGAAGCGCUAUGGCGCUCUGCCCGAGAGAUACAACUGGCAGCUGCAGGCUCCUGAUGUGCUCUUCUACCCUUUAAGACCAGAGCUGGUCGAGUCAACCUACCUGCUGUACCAGGCGACCAAAAAUCCUUUCUAUUUGCACGUUGGAAUGGAUAUUCUUCAGAGCCUCGAGAAAAAUGCCAAAGUCAGAUGUGGGUACGCCACUAUCCACCAUGUGGUGGACAAAUCCAAAGAGGAUCGCAUGGAGAGCUUCUUCCUCAGCGAGACGUGCAAAUACCUUUACUUGCUGUUUGAUGAGGACAACCCCCUUCACCGAUCAGAUAACAAGUACAUCUUCACCACAGAGGGCCAUGUGGUACCUAUAGAGAGACGCUUCAGGGAGAAACAGUGGAAUGACGAUUUUCCUUGUGAAGAGGGGUUGCUGUCAGAAAGAGAGCAAAAUCACCGGCCGACACCCAGCAACAUCACCAACUGCGACAGAAUCCCAGAGGAGCGGCGCUACACACUGCCACUGAAGAGUGUCUACAUGAGGCAGAUCGACCACAUGGUGGGGCUCUUUUAAGGAGGAAAUACAUGUGGGGAGUCUGGCAUGAUCAGGCCUUCAGCACACACACACAUCCCCUCUCAAGUGCAGGUGUUAGAAAGGAUCUACUCUCCAUCAAAGUCCUCAUCCAACUGUUCUGCUGCUCAGGAGGCUGACACUAAAGUGAACCUGAACACGCAGCUUGAUCACAUGCUGCAUUCAUUAAAAGUGUGCGUUUGUGUGAGUCAUUUUGCUCUGAGCACGUAGUUGCAAAAGUGUAACAAUCUUUCUUCUGGAGAAUGACGAGCAAUGCAUCACUUCUUAAUGGCUGGUGAAGAAAUUAGGUUUAAAGUGUUUUAGAAUAAUUUUACAGAGCAAAAACAAAUCUGUUAAUGUGUUGGUUCAGAUGAGUGUGUGUACAUUGUUGUGUGUUUGUCUAUAUGUGUUUGACGUUACAGCCGAGCUGUGAAUCACUAUUUUCAGUUUACGGGAACAGUGCCAUCUAGAGAGCUAUUUAAAAUGAAAAGCCUUUACAAACACUCACUUCUCUAAACAUGACGAUUAGUGCCUCUGCAGUGGAUUCACUUGACUCCAUCAGUACUUUAACAUAAGGGCUGCUCAUGAACACAAUAACAGGGAGGCUCAGGAGGACUCUGGCUAUUUUAAAGUGCCUUCAGUUUUUUUUCUUAUUUUGAUGAAACAGUGUGUGCUAGUUAUGGAUAACAAAGGACUUUUUUUGAGGUCAUGGUUGGUAUUGCACAAAAGGUGUCAUUCCAUGUCUGUGUUCUGUUUUACACUGAUUAAGACUUAACGUUCAUUUUUUUUAGACAUGAUGAAACAAGCCAUAAAUUGUAUUUUUAUGUUGUUGAAUGAAAACGUAUUUCUUACACAGACUUUGCUCCAUGCUGACGGAAGUUCUUAUUUUCUGUCGCUCUUUCUCAUAAUUGCACAUCGUAAUAUCAAAUAAUUGUCAUGUGAUCAGAACUCAGGGUUCAGAGAGACAAAACAAGUGAAUGCUUUCAUACGAAAUAAAACUUUCUUAAAAUGCUGUUGCCUUCGAUGUCUUAGGGCGGUCUUAAUGUUUGACAUUUUGCAGUUCUAUACUAUGAAUAUUUAUCAUUGUGAUAAAUAAAAAAGUUAGAAAGUG